GCAGGGUGGGCGGGCACAGAGUGUCCGAGGAACCUACUGACAUUUCCAGUCUCAGAAUAACUGUUCCCUAAAGCUGAGGUCCAUUCCCGUCCAGCACAGCUCGCGGCCACCCCCUGCCGCCCCACGACCUGCUCAAGCCGCCCCCGGCGCAGCCCAAAGCUGUACUCGGCAUCCCGCGGGGACUCGGUGACGACGCAGUCCCCUGCCCCUCGUGGCCUGCGGGGAGGAAGCAAGUGGACCAUCCAGGGAACCCAGGGCAAGGCACACCCCAGCGCCCAGCGUCCACGACACCGAGCCUCCGAGACGGCUUCCGCAGGACUGGGACCCUAGGGCCCACGGGCGUCUCUAUGGUCCCCGCAGCCUAGAAGGACCGGGACGCGAUUUCCGGGAAAAUGGCGGCGCCCGAGUCAGGCGUGGCACAUGUUUCCGCGGAGAGCACCUCUCGAGGCGGGAUGAUGUCAUUUCUCCUCCUCUGGUGAAAGCCAAGCCUCUUUGCCCACCAUGAGCAUCACCCCAGAGGUCAAGAGUCGUGGGAUGAAGUUUGCUGAGGAGCAGCUGCUAAAGCAUGGAUGGACUCAAGGCAAAGGACUAGGCCGGAAGGAAAAUGGCAUCACCCAGGCCAUCAAGGUGACUCUGAAGCAAGAUACUCAUGGGGUGGGACAUGAUCCUGCCAAGGAGUUCACAAACCACUGGUGGAAUGAGCUUUUCAACAAGACUGCAGCCAACUUGGUAGUAGAAACUGGGCAGGACGGAGUGCAGAUAAGACGCCUUUCCAAGGAGACCACUCAUAAUCGUCCCAAGCCUAACAUGCUGUAUCAGAAGUUCGUGAAGACGGCCACGCUGACUUCAGGUGGAGAGAAGCCAGACAGAAACUUGGAGAGCAGCAGUGAUGACGACAGCCAGGGGCCCAGACCCCCAAAGAUCCUGACUGAUGAGAUGCUGCUCCAGGCCUGCGAGGGGCGAACAGCACACAAGGCUGCGCGUCUUGGGAUCACAAUGAAGGCCAAGCUUGCUCGGCUAGAGGCCCAGGAGCAGGCCUUCCUGGCUCAUCUUAAAGGCCAGGUCUCUGAGGCCUCUCAGCCACAGUCUGAAAGCCAGCCUCCCAACCCCCCCAAAAAGAAAAGGAAACAGAAAGAGCCUAGAGCAACUGAGCAGAGUGUGGAUGAGGAGCACCCAGAACACACUGAGCACAGCACCAGGAAAAGCAAAAAGAAGAAAAGACGACAUCAAGAAGAAGAGGUCUCAGAUGAGAGAGGGAGUGGAGAGGACGAGGCCGCGGGGCCCAGUGGGCUCGAAGAACCCGGGAGCAGAGAGCAAGCCCGUCAGUCUCUUAAGAAAAGGAAGAAGAAGAGGAGGCAGCACCGUGAAGGGGAGGAGGGAGAGGAAGAGACGGGGGUGUUGGGUGGAGAAGGAAGAGGGAAGGAUCCUGCAAGUGGUGUCGGGAGAAAGGAGGUGACGAGCAGAGCGCACAGGGACCCCUGCCGCAGAGACAAGAAAAAGAAAAAGCAGCAGUGGCAUGAGGAGGACUUGAGCGUGGCUGAUGGGGAUGGGGGGGAGACUGCUCCAGAGGGUGCAGCCAGGGAAGCAGGUAGCUCGCCCUGCGGUAACAGAAGCAAGAAGAAGAGACAGCAGUGCAGGAAAGAGGAGGAGGUCUCGGAGGUAAGCUGUGAGGGUGACAAUGACAGGACUGAGGAAAUAGAGAACAGAGGUAAGAAGAGGAGGAGGCAACAACUCAGGGAGGAGAGAAGGCGAGUCAGCACUGACCAGAGCACCACAAAGAAGAAACAGAAGAAGAGAGACUGAAGGCCUCUCAAGCUGGAGUCAGUUCCUUUUCAGCUGUAGCCUCCGAGACCAUGGUCAGCAUCCUACAGGAGGAACCCCUCCCAAAGAGGAAACUGAGCUCAGGGACAACAGUCUCCUGCUGGAGACAAGUGCUGCGUCUUAGUCAAGGGAGUGGACGUGGUCUCUCCUACUCUCCCUGCAGCCUCCAACCCAGAGACAUGAACUCAAGUGCCUCCUGGAGCCAGGCAGCUAAGGAACAAGGUAGACAGGGGCAGUGGGAACAGGAAUAUAGACAGGCGCAUCCCUACCAAAAUACGCCAAAAUGCAGACUUAUGGGAAAGGUCUUGGCUUUUAAAUAUCAUGAAGGCUAAGAAAAACACAAAUUUGGGGUUAUGGGCUAUAUUCAGCUCAUAGGUUGCUUGUUUCUAACACUAUACCAAUUGAUUAUAAAUAAAUAUGAACUUGAGCUCCCAGCCUACAGGUACAUACAAA